CGGCACAUUAUUUACAAAUAUUAGCAUAAAUCGAUUAAAAUGUGUUCUUAUCGAUAAUAUGUGUCAAGUUGCACAUAUACAACAUAUGUAUUUCUGGUGAAAGAAAAACAAUAAAAGACAAGGCUCUGAAAGUUUUGGUUGCAUCAACUGUUUAACUUAAAUGAUACGACAGCUUCCGCUUGCUGUUGCCACUGCUCUGGAUACUCCAGCCACUUUAACAGUUGCUACGUCGACAUAAAACUAUUUUUGAGGCAAUAAGUUGAAGGAAAUCAAAUAUAUAAACAUGACGAGCAAGCAUAUUUAUUCCACUACCAAUUUAUCUGACUUGCAGCUGAAAGAGCAGGGCAAUUGUUUAUUCGCAGCUCGUAAAUAUGACGAUGCAAUUAAUUGUUACUCCAAGGCCAUUAUAAAGAACCCCACAAAUGCAACAUAUUUUACAAAUCGUGCGCUCUGCAAUCUAAAGCUCAAGCGUUAUGAGCUCUGCUGCCAGGACAGUCGUCGGGCCUUGGACAUUGAUGCGAAUUUACUCAAAGGACACUUUUUCUUAGGCCAAGGUCUCAUGGAGGUUGACAGCUACGAUGAAGCCAUAAAGCACUUGCAGCGUGCCUAUGACUUGUCAAAGGAACAGAAACAGAACUUUGGUGAUGAUAUUACAUUGCAGCUGCGCUUGGCACGUAAAAAGCGUUGGAAUGUGCUGGAGGAGAAGCGGAUUAAUCAAGAGAUUGAGUUACAAAGCUAUUUGAAUCGCCUAAUCAAAGAUGAUAUGGAAAACCGUUUGGCCAAUUUGAAAUUAAAUGAGACUAUUAAUGAAGAAACACUUAAGGAUAAGCAACAGGAAAUUGAGCAGGAGUGUGACGAUCACGUCAAGGAGCUCAAUAACAUAUUUGCCAAGGUGGACGAACGUCGAAGGAAACGCGAUGUACCCGAUUUUCUUUGCGGUAAAAUAAGCUUUGAGAUUUUAACAGAUCCAGUAAUCACGCCAUCAGGCAUUACAUAUGAGCGUAAAGACAUUGAGGAGCAUUUGCAGCGAGUUGGUCAUUUUGAUCCAGUAACACGAGUUAAACUCACCCAAGAUCAAUUAAUACCAAAUUUCUCCAUGAAAGAAGUGGUUGAUGUUUUCAUUGCCGAAAAUGAAUGGUCUUUAGAUUAUUAAGUGCUUUUUGUCUGAAUAUUAAACAACAUAACAAAAAGUAUGUGUAUGUAUGUGUGUAACUAUGAAAACUGUUGAAAGCAGUUCAAUUAUAUAUAAAACAAAAGCGAAAAGAUAAUGAAACCUCCAUGUACAUUAUAAAUUAUUUCACUUUGGUUAUGACCUCAAUAAAUCAUGUAAUUUCCAGUACUGAAAUUUCCGAAAUAUCAAGUCAUUACACCUCAUUGUUAUAAAUUAUCUUACUGUUAAUGUUACAAUUUAUUUCUAUGGUAGUUUAUAGGCUAUAUAUGUAUUCUGAACAAAAAUCUGUGUAUCUAUUUAAAAAAAAUCCUACUCGAAAUUAUUGGUGGAUCUAAAAUA